AUGAGUUCGCCUUCGAUAUCACGGCGAUGCAUGCACAUCGUUUCUCUUUUCCUCCUGGUCGCCUCCUCACUCGCAGCAAACACGGCGCAAUGGAAACCCAGAGCCAUUUAUCAGACCAUGACGGAUCGGUUCGCCCGCACUGACGGGUCGACGACAGCGCGAUGCGUGGCGGCCGAGAACAUUCGUUGCGGAGGGACAUGGCGAGGAACAAUUGACCACCUGGAUUACAUCCAAGGUAUGGGGUUCGAUGCGGUCAUGAUCUCUCCCGUCGUUAAGAACGUGGAGGGCCGCGUGUGGUACGGCGAAGCCUACCAUGGAUAUUGGCCCGAGGACAUCUACAGCCUCAACCCGUACUUCGGCACGAAACAGGAUCUGCUGGAUCUGAGCGCAGAAGUGCAUAAGCGGGGGAUGUUCCUCAUGAUGGACACGGUCAUCAACAAUAUGGCCUACGUCACCAACGGCAGCGACCCGGCCACACAUAUCGACUACUCGACGCUGAAGCCGUUCGACAGCGCCAGCUACUACCACCCCUACUGUAAAAUCGUAAACUGGAAUAAUUUCACCGAAGCGCAAUGGUGUCAAACUGGUGAUGACGUGGUGCCACUACCCGAUCUCUACACCGAACAUGCCGAGGUCCAGAGCACGCUGGAGAAGUGGGCGCAAGACAUGAUCUCAACCUACUCGAUUGACGGGCUGCGUAUCGAUGCGGCCAAGCACGUCGACACGGGUUUCCUGGCCAAAUUCGGCAAGGCCCUCAGCGACACCUUCAUGACUGGGGAGGUGUUCCAGCCCGAAGUGGACAUCAUCUGCGACUACAAGAACAACUACAUCACCAGCGUUCCCAACUUCCCCGUCUACAAUUCCGUCAUAGCUGCCUUCACCACAGGCAACACGAGUUCACUGUCAAACAUUGUAGAAGUGAUGAAGAACAGCUGCCACGACGUCACAUCCAUGACCAUCUUCACGGAGAGCCACGACGUGGACCGGUUCGCCAACAUGACCUCAGACAUGGCGCUCGCAAAGAAUGUAGUCACGUUCAACAUCCUCUUCGACGGCAUCCCGAUCAUGUACCAGGGGCAGGAGCAGCACUUUCACGGCAAUUAUCACGCCAACAACAGUAACCGAGAAGCCCUCUGGCUGUCCGGCUACAACACCGACGCCGAGCUGUAUCAGCUGGUCGGGAAACUCAACCGCAUCCGCAAACACGCAUACAACCUCGACAACAACUAUCUCGAUAUCGAGUCCUACCCGGUCUACCAGGGCUCCAGCGAGCUCGCCUUCCGCAAGGGUGUCGAGGGCCGCCAGACCAUCAUGCUCCUCUCGACGCAGGGCGCCAACCAGAAAGCGCCGUAUGACCUGAACUUGCCCGUAAGCUUUAACCCCGGUGUAGUAGCGAUGGAUGUCCUCAACUGCGUCAACUAUACCGUCGACGGGGCCGGUCAGCUUGUCGUUCCCAUGGACAAGGGCGAGCCCCGCGUUUUCUUCCCCGCAAACCUCAUGGCCGGCAGUGGGCUAUGCGGCUACUCCGAGUCAAACAUCAGCUAUGUAGAGCUGAAAACGGGCAAGCCGGCAGCGUCAGGGUCUGCGGGUGUGAUGUCGAUGACGCCGGCGGGGAUACCGCUGACGAUUCUGUUCUCUGUUUUCGUGUCAAUAGUCACUGGGUUGGGGUUUGGGGGUUGA